CAUUUGUAACUGAUGAACACAAUAUUUCUAUAAACGACCGACAAUAUCAAUUUACAAGACCCUGAAGGAUCGUGAAAGUCCGACAAGAAAUCCCGAUUCGCCGCUGAGCUAUUUUGUCGUUUCAAGAUGGCCGCGCCCAUGACAAACUUAGGGAAAACAUGGGUUGCAACCAUAAAUCCACUUCUACGCAUUUGUAAGCAAAAAGGUUACAGUUAUAGGUGCUACAGUUUUGCAAAGCAAUCAAUAGCGCGUAUGCUCGAAAAGUCGCCGAUUCAAGACAAUGUACAAGUGAAGGGUUGGGUUCGAGCAAUACGUGGACAUCGUGAUGUCAUCUUCUUACACGUCUCUGAUGGGUCCUGUGUCAAACCACUCCAGGUUGUGGCAGACCCAAGCCUUUGUGGCAGUGAUGUGACCUAUGGAUGCUGUGUGGCCGUGGAGGGCAGUCUGAUCGAGAGCUCCCACCCAGGUCAGAUGGUGGAGGUGGCUGCACACAGAGUGCAGGUGUUGGGACCUUGUGACCCUGUGGAAUUUCCAUUCAAAGCCAGGAAGAAGCACUCUACAGAUUACAUCCGCGAUGCGUACUCUCAUCUCCGACCACGCAUCUAACACCUUCAGUUCAUUGUUGAGAAUCAGGAGUCAAGCCACUGCUGCCUUCCACAAAUACUUCCAGGUAUACACUGUAUUCAGAGAAUCUAGAUUCUAACCCUUGCACUAUUCUUAG